AUGUCGUAUUCGCGUCCAUCCUAUGUACCUGUCAAUCCCGGACCGGAAUCGCGUCUUGCUCACAAAUACGCACUUUAUCUAUUUCGCGAGACCGCGAUGGAUAAACCAAACGAGCCAAACGGUGUACCAGCACUAUUUAUUCCUGGCCAUGCAGGCAGUUACAAGCAGGUCCGAUCCAUUGCGGCCACUUCGACGUACUACCACAAGCAAAAUAAGCCAAAUGGAGAGCGAAUUGAUUUUUUCACUGUCGACUUAAACGAAGGAUUCUCGGCAAUGAGCGGACAACUUCUAUAUGAUCAAGCUGAAUAUCUUAACGAUGCUGUCAGAAGAAUCUUAUCGCUGUAUGACCCAUCAAAAGCCUCAUCUGUGCUUAUUGUCGGCCAUUCUAUGGGCGGUGUCGUGGCGCGACUGAUGCAGACACUUCCAAACUAUCGAGCCAACACCAUCAAAACCAUCCUCACGCUUGCCACACCGCAUACCAUGCCGCCUAUUAUGUUGGGACCUAAAAUGGCCCGAGUUUAUGAGCAGAUCCGCUUUCCGUCUAGUGAAAACAUUACGCUGGUAUCGCUUGCAGGAGGGACGUCAGAUAGCAUUGUCAAUUCAGAUGCGGCAAUAUUACCCAAAGACGCAGGCAUGACAGCUUUCUCGACUGCUAUCCCGAAAGUAUGGACGACGUGUGAUCAUAUGGCGAUACUAUGGUGUAAUCAACUUGUACGUGUCGUCUCGGCGGCAUUAAUCGACAGUGUCCAGCAGCAAUCGAAAGAUGUCGCACCACUCAAAGUGUUUGAAAACUAUUUCAUCAAAUCGCCCCUGAUUUUACCUGGUCUUACAGUUGGAAAUCCACUGAUAGUGGAAGCUGUUGACAGAAUUCGGCUAAGAAGUUUGAAUGCGCCGGCCUCAUCUCAGUUGACAGUAUUGCCGAUCCUAGAAGGUGGCGACGCAGUGUUCAACUUGAUGUCCAACGAUUUCCAUGGACGCGUCCGUGCCGUUUUAUGCAAAGAUUCGAAAUGUACGACGGAUGUAACUCACAAGUCUGUGCUAGUACCAUCCUCAACACCGGCAGAUCAUCAUUCUGCCUAUCGCGGAAAUGCGUUCUGGUUUUUGGAGCUGAAAAAUCAUCAAAUGCAAGGCUACGACAGUGUGGGCGUGUGGGAGCAGGGCGACGACGAUCAAACGUUCGUUGUGGCUGAAAUGAAUACAGAAGCAACUCAGGUCAUCACCGAGUCGAUCUGGGACAUGGCUAUCCAUGGUGGCAUUUCAUUUGAACUUUCUCCCCCUCAACAACCACAACCUUUUUUUUCAACGGUUCAAUUUCCGGCCAUUUACAAUCCGCUGCUUGCUUACAAGCUCACAUUUUGGACUCAAGGUCAAGAGGAUAACAGUGAUGACGUGGGAUUCGCGCCAAUAAUUCAACAGAACAUGGGCGGCGAAAGCAAAUUUCACGUUGGGUUGAAACAGAAGAACGUUUCGGUCGAGAUCAACUUUUAUGCAUCUGGAGAAGCUGACUCUCUACAGCUACGCUUUUGGAAAUUGCGCGAGGUACAUAAUGCACACUUGCAGAUCGACUGGUAUGGCAGCCUGGGUAAAAGUGUGCUUCGUUAUGGACCGUCCAUCCCUACAUCCAUGUUUAUUGUGGCGCUUGUUGUUCUAAUCAAUGACGACCUGCAUUUUGCACGUGCACUCAUCAAUCUUGUGGCAUUUACCAGUGUGGGUGGUCUGGUUUUUGAUGUGCCACAAGACUUUGCAUUCUGGUGGCUACCCGGGGUAUCCCUUUGCCUUGGUGCUGGUGCAUUAUGCCUGAUAUGGAUUCUUGUGUAUUCCCUGGUCUGUCUAUUACGGUUUGUCGUUCCUCGACAAGCAGCGUUGUCAUUGACCAGGACAACUGCACAAAGACUCGUGAUUGCUGUGUCAUUAGCUUCUAUACGUGCCGUUCCGGUUCCUGUGACUGUUACCGCUAUUUAUCUUUACUGGCUACUUGUUGUGGCAGCUGUAGAAUCAGCCAAUGCUAGCACGGACAUCGAUUCCAAGCAAAAAAGAAAGACGAUUCUGCUUUUUCUUUCGGCGCUUCUUCCGUACAAUGUGCCUGAAGUCGUAGUGUAUGCCCGGGAUUUAAUCGCUGUAGGAUGGCAAACGCCGAUACCGUCCUUGGCAUCCGUCAUGGAUGAUAUUCCGAUGCUAUUUAUUGUUUUAAUUCUGGUCACCAUGGACAGUCGCAGUCUCUCAAACCACAUUGUCAAGUUCGCAUUAUAUACUGCUGUUGUUUACUAUACACUUUAUGGCUACCAAUACCCCUAUCCGCUACACAUGUUUAUCCAGCAAUGUCUCUCUAACUUGAAGCUAUAGUAGUGACAGCAUUCAGUCUGUGCUGCAUAUUGCGUUGUGCUACCCGUGGCACCGGUAUUUGUAUAUAUAUCAGGGUUCCAAUUAUUCUCCACUGCGCCUUUCAGCCGACACAUCUAAUUACGCGAUUUUGAACGGAGACAUAUCAAAUAAAUAAAAAAGG